CUUAUCACUUCAGUAAUAACAAAUUUAUAUUAAUGUAAAUGACCAGUUUUAAAGGCAAAUAUAUACUAAUAAAAAGUGAAAAUUUUGAAGAGUACCUUAAAGCAAGAGGUGCUGGAUUUAUGGCUAUUAAAAUGGCAACUGCCUUAACUCCAUAUCUUGAGAUUAAUAAUGAAGUGGAUAUUUGGACGCUUAAAGUGUACACAUUCAUAAAAACCGUCAUUGAUAUGAAAUUUAAAUUAGAUGAAGAGUUUUAUCAUACUCGUAUGGAUGGUACAAAAUGCAAAGUAGUAAUCCACAUUGAUGGUAAUAAAUUGAUUGAGGAAGAGACACCUUGUAAUAAACCUGAGGAUAAACAAAAAAAUAUUAGAGAAUGGACAGAUGACAAUCAUGUUGUUUUGAUUUUAACCUGCAAAGAUGUGGUAGCUAAACGAUAUUUUGAAAGGAUUGAAUAGACUUAUUUAUUUUAUCUGCUACAAUAAUUUAUAUAAUAUAACUAGUCAAAUUUUAUACAAAAACAAAAAUAUGCUACAAUAAAUCAAAAAGUAAAUCUUUUAAGACCUUUAAAAUGGUCAGAGUUUUUGAAACCUUUACCAAUGGGUCAUUUCCCACCCAACAGCUUAUCUAGUCAAAUGAUUUUUUUAAAAAAAUUUAGAAGUUUGUUUUUGAUAUUUUUACUUAUAAAUAAAUAAAAAAAACUUACUAGUACAGUUUUAUUUUAUUCAAAUUAUGUUAAACCGAGUAGUGUAUUAUUUAAAAAUUGGAUGGGGGGAGAGGUAUUGUUAAAUUGGUUGUAUAAGACCCUGGGCCUGAAUCUAAACAAUCAACUUUACCAACUCUGAACACUAGUCUAAAUUUGUUUCAAUAGUAUACAUAAAUAAAUAUUAUAAUCAUUAAUAUAUUCAUUAAGUGCUGAUUAUAUUCGAAUAUGUAUUAUGUGAGAUUUAAAAAAGAUUAGAUAUUAUAUUUUUUUGACAUUAAUUUUUCUUUUUUCUUAAAUAAACAUUUUAUAAAAAUUUAUAUUAAUAAAUAAAAUUUUACCUUUAUAGCAUCAACCUCAAUUACAUUGUUUUCCCCUAUAGGUAAUUUUUAUAAUAUUAAAAAUAAAAUUAUUUAUCUUAUAGAAAUAUAAACUUUCGCUAUUAAAUUUAUAUUUUUUCUAUCCAAAAUAUCAUAGUCAAUAAGAUCAUGCACUUAAUAUAUAAAUUUUAAUAUUUUAACAAAAACUUGUAUUUGAAGAAGCUAACAAAUUCACUUCUUGAUUAUUCCAUAUCAAAUCUUAACUUUACAACUUGACCAUGUGAGAUUUUGUUAAAAUUUUGUAAAUUAGUUUAUGAAGUGUUAUAAUUGAUGAAUCCAAAAUAUUAGCCUUCGAAAAUGAUUUUUUAUAAAUUAUGAUAACAAAAAUAUUAUAUUCACUAUAUAUGACUCAUUUUAUAGCUCUAAAU